AUGGGAGAUUAAGAUGAAACCCAGAACAAUAUGCUAUUGCAUUCUUUGGUUAAUCAAAGUAGAAUUAAUGAGAGCAUCAAUUACAUAAAUCUAUUAGACUUGAUGAAUAAAUAUAAUCCAGGACCUCCAAUUAAAAAGACUAUUGUAAAUGAUUAAGAUUUCAUCGAUGAAUUAGAGCAAUUUUUGGAUUAAUUGGAUCAACCAAAAAAAUAAAAAUUCUAUGAGGAGUCAAUGAUUCUUUUUGAUGAUAAUGAUAAUCAUUCCAUUUUCGAGUUAAAUAAUUUAAAUAAUAAUAACAAUAAACUUGAAACAUAAUCCUCUAAAUAUUAGGAUGGAUGGUUAGACAAACUUCCAAUUAAACAUGAGUUCGAUGAUCUAGAAGAACUGGAGAAAAUACUAUCUUAAUGA